GUCGUCCUAAGAGGGGCCAUUUCUUGAAAAAUGGAGUGGCCUCAACAUUUAGGUCCGAAGUCCAGAUGAUUACAGGCCCAACUUGCACUACAGCAGAGUUUCUUCUUCGGCCCAGUUUUACGGCACUCUGUCUUCUCUGCGAACUUCUCCGUCCCGUUUCUUCGGCGAACUCCUCGCGAUCUCUUCUCGUAAUCGAGCUGAAUUUAGGGAUCCGAAAAAUGGCAAGCACAGCAUGUUUUAUGAUUGUAAGCAGGAAUGAUAUCCCUAUCUACGAAGCUGAAGUUGGCACUGCGCCAAAGAAAGAAGAUGCUGCUCAUCAGCACCAGUUUAUAUUACAUGCAGCAUUGGAUAUUGUACAGGACCUUGCAUGGACUACAAGUGCUAUGUUCUUGAAAUCAAUUGACCGAUUCAAUGAUUUGGUGGUUUCUGUUUACGUCACUGCUGGUCAUACGCGAUUGAUGCUGCUUCACGACUCUCGCAAUGAUGAUGGGAUCAAAAGCUUCUUCCAGGAGGUCCAUGAACUAUAUAUAAAGAUACUUUUGAAUCCUCUCUAUUUGCCAGGAUCUCGCAUCACAUCAUCUCACUUCGAUACUAAAGUUAGAGCCCUUGCCAGAAAGUACCUCUGAGCCAAACUACGGACCAAAGCAAACAAGAAUCAUAUGCAUUCAAAGUUCAUUCCUUGUAAAAUUCAUUCGCUAUUGAUGACUGGUUAUUGUGUUUGGAGUGACCAUAUUUCUCGUGGUAAAUGAUAAGUUGACUA